AUGGCUUUCAAGAAUCAGUUUAUCUAUACUUCAAUUAAUCAAACUGGAAGUAAUGUUGAAAUUCAGUUGGCCGAACCAUUAAAAUUAUUUAAUAUUACAAGUUUAGAUAAUUUAUAUUAUAAUUAUGAUUUUAAUGGUACAUCUGUUUUAAACUCAUGUAUUUUUAAUUCAACUUAUUAUUCUUUUGAUUUAUCAAAAUUUAAAAAUAUUGACUAUAGUUUUCCAGACUAUUAUAACCCUGAUUAUAAACACUUUUUUUCAAUUUGUUCAAAUCUAUCUUUUACAAACAGUCAAUCUGGUGCUGAAGAAUAUGGGAAAUUUUCAUUUCCAACUGGAUACUUAAAUACAGAAAGUUUUAAAUUGGGUAUAAAUAAUGAUAAUUAUAAAUUAAAAUUAACAUAUACCAAUCCACACAUUUCUUGUCCAAAUAUUUUUGGUGGUACCGAUCUAAUGUCUAGAGAUUAUUAUUUUAUAUGUGAUGAAAGACAAGAGUUUAACUUUACUUCCUCAAAAUAUGCAUCCAUUAAUGAUUGUAAUGUAGAUGUUUAUAUUAAAACAAAAUAUGUAUGUCCAUAUAAAAAUAAUAAAAGAACACCAAUUGAAUAUUCAUUAAUUGAACCAAAUAUUUUACGUUACACAUUGGAUGAAAAUUCUUCAAAUUUAAUUUCAGUAAAUGGUAAUAAAACUAUAGAUUUAUCAAUUAUACAAUUUAAAAAACUUCUUUUAGAGCCAGUAAUCAAUAAUUGUGAAAAUAAUGGUGAUGUUAUUACAGUAAAAGGUAUAUUUUUUAAAAAUGUAUUAUCAAAUUAUACAUUUUAUUACGGUGGUUAUCAAAUAAAACCACCGAUGAUAACAUCAUUCAACUCAACAACAUUGGUAGUAAACUCAACAGGUUACGUUGACAAUAACUUUUUUAUUUCUCUUUUCGGAAUUAAAUCUGAAAGCUAUCCAAUUUUAAAGCCACAACAACAAAUGGUAUUAAGUUCAAGAUAUGAUCAUGAAUCUGGUUUUUUUAAUUCAAUUUUCAUCUAUUGUAAAAAUUGUAUUGGUGCAAAUACAAAAGGAUUGUUAUAUAAUUAUACAGUAGUAGAUUCAUCUCCAAUUGAAGUUAGUGAUAUUUAUAUCACUUUGAAUGAUGAUAGUGAAAUUUAUAUAGAAGCCCCUAUUUAUCCAUAUAAAAGAUCAAGUGCAUUACAGUUACCAACUGAUUUUAAUCAUGUUAGUUUCAGUGGCAAUGAAAUAUUCGAAUUUAAUGUUAUCUCAACAGUUUCAAUAAGUGGCAGUUUUAUUCCAAAAAUGUAUAAUAAUCAAGCAUAUAUUAUAGGAAAAUUAGAAUUUUCAAAUGGUACAAUAUGUAUAUUGGAUUAUAAAACUUUGAGUAAUAGAGUAUUUACAGAAGGUAAUUUCAGUAUUCCAAGUGGCUAUGGUAAUGGUAAUUUUUCAAUUUAUAUUAAAGAUAAAUUGGUUCAUUUAAAUCCAUUUAGUUAUACAACAUCAAAGUGGAUAUCAUCUGUCACCCAAAAUCUAGAAAAGGUACAAUUACAUCUUUCAUUCCCAGUUUAUUUCUUUCAAAUAACAAGUAUUAAAUAUAAUAAUAAAAAUGGAAUAGAUUUAGACUAUACUUUAAUUGAACCAAAUAUUAUUUCAUUCACAUUAAAUGCAAAUUCUACAAAUGUACUUUCAUUUAAUAAUGAUUAUCAUAUCGAAACUUUAACAAAUGAAUUAAACUUCCGUCCAAUUAUUUAUAACUAUUCAAUUCAAAAUGAUGUUAUAACAAUGGAGGGUGUCUUUAUGUCAAAUUUGUCAAAUUAUAAAUUUUAUCUAGAUGAUAGUAAAAAUUCUAUUUCCAGCGAUCAAAUAACCUAUUUCGAUAGUUCUAGACUUAGUUUAAUUAUGAAUAAGGCUUCACAUGUAUAUGUUUAUAUUGAUGAUUAUUCAUUUACUAAGGUACCAGAUCUCACGAUUACUAGUAACCAAGACCAAUUAUUAUUUACAUGUAGUAAUUGUUUAGGUGGAUCUAUCAAUAUAAAUGAACCACAAACUGAUCAAGAUUCUCAAUUCUCUCAAAUUGGUACAAUUGUAAAACAAUUUAAUACAAAAACAAUAUUUAACAAAUACAAUAUUUUUACAUUUACAAAAGAUUCAAAAACAAUAGUUAUUCAACCACCAUUACCUUCAAAUGUAAUAGUUGAUGGAAGUUUGGCCCAAUUUUCAACUUUCAGUAAUAAUACUAUUUUAGUAAGUGCUGAUUUCUUAAUGGAUAAAUACAAUGGUUUUGAUAAUAUCGAUUUCCAAUUUCAAUUUGAUAAUGGUACAAUUCAUUCUGCAAAAAAACAAUUUUUAUCAAAAUCAGAUCAAAACUAUAGAUAUCAAAUAAAUGCACCAUUUGCAUAUGGAUCUGGUAAUUUUAGUGUAUUUGUUACUUUUGAAAAUAGAAGAAAGUUUAUAAUAAAUCCAAUCCCAUUCUAUUAUCCAAAAAAACCAAUAAUUAAUUCAAUAUCAAAAAUUAAGGAUGGAAAUAUUAAAAUGAAUGGGGAUGGUUUCUUUAAUGUAAUUGUACGUGGUACUUUUAAAGCAAAUAGUUUAUAUAAAGAGAAUCGUACCCUUUCGGAAACAAUCGAUUGUUAUCCUGAAAUAAUAAAUCAAAAUAUUAAUUGCCAAUUUUCAAUACAUGAAAAAUUGGAAAUAUAUUUUGAUAAUGAUCCAAUUGAAAUACAACUUAGAAGCCACCAAAAUUCAAAUUUCCAAUUUGAGCCCGUUUAUACCCAAACUUAUUCUGACGAUGAAAUGUUAAGCAGUGAUAUUAGUUUACAUUCAGUUUUCUCCAAACUAGUUGCUACUAUUUUUAUUCUAAUAUCAAUAUUGCUUCAAUAA